UUGCCUAAUGUUAUCGAUGUUAUCGAUGGGUGUCACACAAAAAAAGAUAUGUGGGUCCGAAUUUGUUUUGAUUUCUUUGAAAUUGCAAUAUUUGGUUGUUUUCCCACUUCUUUCCGGUAUUAGAAGCCAAUUUCUGAGCGAAGCCAAGGAAGUUCUUCUCUCGAAUGGCUAAAUAGUUUUUUAAUUGGUGCCUUGCAAUGCAUGGAGGAAAUCAGGAAACUGGAGACCUGGAAUCUAAUCCGACGAACACCCAGGAGCUUCGAUGCAACAUUCCCAGAUGCCCAUAUCGAACGAAUCGGGCAUACAACCUAUGGCGACAUGAAGAACGACAUACGCUUCCUCUAGAAAAUAAACUGUUCACCUGUCCAUUCUGCAUAUACAGCACUGAUAAGUUAUCUAACCUGAAGCGGCAUAUAGGCAUACGCCAUCCAAGCCCUCCGGAUGACCCCGAUGAUCCCGAGCCGGUGAUAAAAAUGACAGAAACCGUACCGGUGGAGCGCUCUCCCAAAGUCCAGUGCCUGGUUAUAGGAUGCAAGUACGAGACGAAUCGGCCCUAUGACAUGAAACGUCAUAUGAUGGUGCACAACAACCUGGAGAAGAGUCACCGUAACUACAAGUGCUCGCUUUGUAUGUACAGCUCGGAUAGGAAGGCCAACCUGAGGCGACACCACGAGCUGCGGCACUCGGGCAUCGAGGACGCCAUCAAAACGGCCGAUGAACUCAACGAUGAGGAUUGCCUGCUGGAAGAGGAACUGCAGCGCGAGGAAGCCAGUGCUUCUAAGAACUCAUUUAACCAGGCCCCUGAGCCAGCAAAGUCCGUGGAGCACCAGUUUUCCAUCUUUGAGGAAGAGUUCCAAGACAAUCCUCCUGCUGCGCGGGAGUUUAAAGCAGACUAUGUAUACGGCGAAAAUGCACCACUGAUCACGAUAACCCCUGGCAAGUCGGAGAUUCUUCAAGGAAAGCUCAACGAAAAGCAAGUGAUUGCUGUUAACGUGAACGGGGAGCUGCGUUGGUUCCAGUCGAUAGAUCCGCCACCCGGAGCACACGCCAAAUUGCAGCUCGCCUUGCAAGAAGAGCAAGAGCAGUUGGACGACGAAUUGGCCCUAUCCUUGGCCGAAGAGGAUCAGCAGUCUAUGCUGGAAUUACUUGUAAAAGACGAACCAAUUAAGGAAGAGCCAAAGGCUUUUGUUUGGAGUUGGAGUGCCCCAAACGGUAUACAUCACAUUUCGUCGGUGAACUUGGAAACUCCCUCAGCUGAAAUUCAGGAAAUCGAUGAGCCAGGCGAGGUGCUACUAGAGAGUAAUGAGCCACCCUCAGAUUUUCCCGCUUGGUGGGACGAUGGGCAGUAUACAAAAAUGCACAAGAAUCAAACGUUCCGAGAUCUACGCAAUAAACCCUCGCAAGCAAGUGUGCAGCGCAUUCUUCGCUUCAUAUACGAUAUAUACUACAAGCCUUUCAAGGAAAAACGCAAAAGGUCUGAGGUGUUUCAAAUUAAGGACUCGUGGCUUUGUGCCACUCGAAUGACACGUAUGCAGAUCAUCAAGGACCUCUACUCAAAGCAUGGAACUUGAGCCAAUAACUAUCUUUUCUUAUAGGCUUGAAAGGGCAAAGCAAUCCAUAUAAAAAGUUAAACUACAAUUCCAAUACACAAACAUAAUUAGUUUUAAGAUGACCUCAUACAUAAACAAGAAUAUUUUUUUCUUUUUUUUUUUAGAAUAAAGCUUCUUUGAUACGUAAAGAUAUAAGUGAUAUAAAAUAUAUCUUUACUUUAAAAUGUCAUAAUAUAACAUUUCAUUUUGGAAGAGAA